GAUUGUGGAAAUGCUGCGUGUCCCGGAACAAACACUACGAAACAUCAAAGAUAGUUAGCAAUGUACCAGCCAUCUUUUUACACUUUCUUCUGCCUUUUUUGUGCAUCAGACAAAAGUGUUUUUAAACCACAGGAGAUAAAGCAGCGUUGUCUCGGGACUACCCCUGUUUCUUGUGAUUAAACGAAGAGUGGGGCUCAGCGUCAGCUCAGUUUUUUUGCAGUCUCUUAAAUUUAAUGGCCUUAAAGGAAAGAGUUUUUAUCGAAGAAGCAAUUUAUCAUUCUGCAGAACAGUCUCCAGACUCGCAUAGGCCUAUUUAUUAGCACUGUGUGCCGACUACAUCAUGCCAGAAGACAAACACUGUAAGCUGCUGCAGCCGUCCAGGAGCUGCGACACUAAAAAGAAGACCAAGAGGAAUAAGAAAAAGAGGAAACAAGUCACUACUUCCUCUACUCCUCCGGGAAACACAGAGACCCCUCAGGCUGCAUCGUUGCCCCCUGAGACCUCGCCUGUGUCCCAGCCCCCCCCACAGAGUCCGGGUCAGCCGCGAGCCCAGCUGCCCAUGCUUAAAACAACCAGCCACAAGCACGGAGAGCGGCUCCCUGGCAGCGGCAGGAAGAGCAAAAAACACCCUAAAGACUCCCCGACUCUGCUGACAGCGGCAGAAAAGAUCAGUGUCAGUGGAGAGCUCAGCGCCCAGGCCAAGGAGAGCCUGAGGUGGGAGGGCGAGCUGGAAGACCCCCAGGACGAGGAAAAGAGGCUGGAGCUGUACAGGGCCAACAGGCGGCAGCGUUACAUCACACACAGAGAGGCUCUGAUAAAAGAAACUGCCUUGAGAAAGACUUUUCCUAAAUAGAGCAGAGAAAAACAGGCUUUGACUGAAGUUGGUCGACAGGAGUAUUCUCUUAAUUUGAGCACUGACUGAAAUAAAGAAGCAAGUGAGAGCCUCGUGCCUUUUAUCUCAGGCUUUAUUUUUGACAUUUUAAAAAAGAUUUAGGCAAAUUGAGCAAAAUAAUGAAGAUCUUUUGGUGCUGUUUAAGAUAGAUAAAUUAAGCAUGUUGCAAAUGUAAUACCCUAUAAUGCACCUGACGGACAUGUGUUCUCUGUCAGGUACAAAACAAACAGUAUCACGACUGCCGUGGACGAGGACAGGCCCUGUUUAAAACUUAAUAGAGGAUUUGCACCAUUUAUCUUCUAGCUUCUAAAUAAUGUAAUACUUCCUGAAAAGACCAAAAGUGGAUCUUUCAGGGCUGAAACCCAAUCAGGAUAAUACCACUGAGUGCCCCUCACAUCUGUUUACCACAGGUAGAUUUCAUUGGAUGGGGGUCACAUGAAAUGUUCAACCCCUACAAUGUAAGAACUUUAAUACAGGUUAGCAGUUUUAUUUUUGCGUAAUUCACCCUAGAGCAGGGUUGUCAAACUCAAUUUCAUCGCGGGCCACAUUAGCAUUAUGGUUGCACUCAA